AUGGCAACCCAGAGUGCCGCCGAUUCAUCUCCCGUGACGCGCAUCGCAACAUUUAGGUUCCGCGAUGAAGUGACACCGGAGCAGAAGGGCGACCGCACCGCAGCUUUUCUGGCGCUCUAUGCUGAGCAUCCCGAGUUGUUGAUCGAAGGACCCAAGGGAGGGAGGCCGUUGAAUACGCCGCUCAAUCUGACGAAUGUGAAGAGGGAGAGUGUCUGGGAUACAGGGUUUGUGGUUGUUUUCAAGGACGAAGCUGCGAGACAAAAGUUUGAUCUCGAUCCUGGGCAUGACAGGUUGAAGGAGGAGACGGAUCCGUUGCUGGAGCAGGUAUUUGUGUACGAUUUUGUUGCACAGCCAAACUUGGGUUGGUGA